AUGCUUUUGAGUAAGAAAAAGAAAAACGUCUUACCGGAAUCUGUACAAAAAGAAGGCCCAUUUACGGCGAGAAGUUUUGUCAAAAGAAAUUCCUGGACACCUACGCCAUUUAAAGAUGGAGCGAACAGAAGUGCAUUUUCCCGAAGGCGCAAUUCAGGCGAUGCGACAAACGCCAUAUUACCGUCAGUUAUACCACGUUCGUCCACAAACACCAAGGAGCCGCAGUCGAGAAUGGCGAACCCGAAGCUUUCUCAAUCAGACCACAAACCUCGGGACCUAAAUGAACUGGAACUAACAAACUCUUCCUUACUGAAGUUACGUUCACAAGACUCCGGUAGUGAUCUCAAAGCUUCACCCUCUCCCAGGUCUACAAAGACCCGUGGCUCACUGUCACUUGGUGCGUCCUUAAACAUCCCUGAGUCCAUUCCGGAAGUAACCUUGCCCCGGCGUGCUUUAGUUUCAUUUCAACCUGGGAAUUUUCCAGCGAAAUUUGAUGAGGAAGCUGGAGAAGAGUCAGAAGAGUCAGAAGAAUAUGUGUACUAUCGGUCCCCGGUGCGAGCGUCAGAUCUAGUUGUUCCCUGUAGUGGCACAUUUGAGGAGGUUUUACGAUAUAUUGAACUUGAACAGUGUCGUCAGGAUAAGAUGCGAUUCGGGCCAUCCAAGAAUUAA